AUGGCACCGUGCAUCGACACUUCCAGAACCCAUAUUUCUCAAAGCGAUGAUUCUGAUUUCAGUUACCUGAAUUUCUGUCGACCCGGCUUCUCUGAUCGUAUUUCACGCGGGAACCACACGAAAACCCAAACCGACGACGAUGAUGUCUGGCUUAAGAUGCGAGAAGAAGCUAGAUCCGACGUCGAGCAAGAACCCAUUUUAUCGAGCUACUAUUACGCGACCAUCACAUCGCACCGAUCGUUGGGUUCUGCUUUGGCGAGCAUCCUCUCCGUAAAGCUCAGUAAUUUAACCUUACCAAGCGACACGCUUUUCGAAUUGUUCAUCAGCGUUUUAGAAGAAAGCCCUGAAAUCGUGGAAUCGGUGAAGCAAGAUUUAUUAGCAGCCAAGGAAAGAGACCCAGCUUGCGUAAGCUACGUCCAUUGCUUCCUAAGCUUCAAGGGCUUCCUCGCGUGUCAAGCUCAUCGAAUCGCUCACAAGCUCUGGACUCAGGACAGGAAAAUCCUAGCUUUGUUGAUCCAGAACAGAGUAUCGGAGGUUUUCGCCGUCGAUAUUCACCCUGGGGCGAAGAUCGGAAAAGGGAUUCUGUUAGACCACGCGACGGCCGUGGUGAUCGGAGAGACGGCGGUGGUCGGAGACAAUGUUUCGAUUCUCCACGGCGUGACGCUCGGAGGAACAGGGAAACAGUGCGGCGACCGGCAUCCGAAGAUUGGUGAUGGGGUCUUGAUCGGAGCCGGGACUUGUAUAUUGGGGAAUAUAACAAUCGGCGAGGGAGCUAAAAUUGGGUCGGGUUCGGUGGUGCUGAAGGACGUGCCGCCGCGUACGACGGCGGUAGGAAAUCCGGCGAGAUUGAUUGGUGGAAAAGAGAAUCCGAGAAAGCAUGACAAGAGUCCCGGUCUGACCAUGGACCAAACAUCGCAUAUGACCGAGUGGUCUGAUUACGUUAUCUAA